AUUUGUUAGACCCAACCAAAGCCAAUAUGAAAAUUAAAGUUGAUAAACACAAAUCUGCUUAUGUCCAUGAUCUCACCGAAAGAUAUAUUGGCUCUGAUCUUGAUGUGUACGAUAUCAUGAGAAUCGGAAACAACAACAGAAAAGUCGCCAGCACAUCGAUGAACGACCAGUCUUCUCGAUCUCACUCCAUCUUCGUGAUGACUGUCCACCAGAAUAACUUAGACGACCAGACCAGCAAAACUGGAAUUCUGUAUUUGGUUGAUUUGGCUGGGUCUGAGAAAGUUGGUAAAACAGGAGCUUCAGGCCACACACUCGACGAAGCCAAGGGUAUCAACAAAAGCUUGUCAACUCUAGGCAAAGUCAUCAAUGCUCUGACAGAUGGCAAGUCCAAACACAUUCCAUAUCGUGAGUCGAAGCUGACUCGCAUUCUGUCAGAAUCGUUGGGAGGUAACGCUCGGACGGCUCUGAUCAUCACUUGUUCUCCAUCAGUGUACAAUGACAUGGAAACAAUAUCGACACUGCGCUUCGGAACCACAGCCAGAAACAUCAAGAACAAGCCCAAAGUCAACAAAGAGCUAACUGUCGCAGAAAUGAAGAAGCUGCUGUCGAAGUCUGAGAAAAUCAUUGAGGUCAGAAACUACAGAGUCAAAGUGCUUGAAGGGUGAAUCACAGAGUUAGGUGGAGAAGUCCCUGAAGACGAGUACAAAGAUCUUCAGCUUUCCUCAAAGCCAGCGCCGGCCAAAGAAGAAGUCAAAGAGCCAGCACCUUCGAAAGAACCCGAACAAGAUGAUGACGAUGAUGAGCAAGAUGAAGAAGAGAAGAAGGCCAUUGAUGACGAGCUCCAAGCCAAACUCAAGAGACUCCAAGACAAACUCAACAUUGAGACUGACAAGUACUGCAACUUGACCGAAGAGUUCGAAGUCUCACAGAACAAACUUGCAGCUUCUCAAGAGAAAUGUGACAAGCUUCAGGUUCAAGGCCAGAAACUCGAAGAAGAAAUUGAAGAAAAAUAAUGACUUGGUCCAGACUCAGAAGCAGAAGCUGCUGUUGCUUGAAGAAGAACUCAGAAAUGUCGUUGAGAGCAACGAGAAACUGUCUAAGAAACUGGAUAGAAUAGAAGAAAUGGGAGGCAUCUAUCUCCCAGAAAUGGAAGACGGUGACUCGGCUCAUGACAAAAAGAGGACUGCUCAAGAAGCCAUGCAGAAAGAACUCAUCAGGGUUUCACAGAAACUCAAACGCAUUUCUGAACUAGGAGGACUCAGCGAUGAAGUGAAACAGAUCUUAGACAUUGAAGUCAGACACACUGAUGAAGAGUCUAAGGAAGACCCAGACACCGAUGAAAUGUUCAAAGAUAGCCUUCUGGACAUGCAUGCAGACCUCUCCAAGUUCAAAGACAAGUCACUGUCGAUAUUCUUGGAUGAAGAAGACACCAACAAGUUGAUCAAGUCACAGAUCGAGCUGAGAGAACAACAGAAGCUUGAUGAGAGACAGAAACACGAGUUCCUGGCUCAGAUAGACUCAUUGAGCGAAGAACUUGAAAAUGCAGCCAAAGAGUCGAACCCCAACAUCCAGGCCAUUACCAAGAAACUGGCUGACGAGCAGAUCAUGAAGGCAGAAAACAGAUGGGCAGAAGAGAAAGUCCAGAUUUUGAGAGACCUUGAGAACAGAGUUAGCAAAGUGGUUCAGCUUGAAAUUUCUUUAGAUGAAGCCAAUGAAAAAUAUAGGAGACUUGAGAACACUAUCAACCAAGGCGAUGUCCCUCUCCGUAAGAAAAUCAACAAACUUGAAAACCAAGCUGAACAAAUUACUAUAAUGUACCACCAAGUGGUUUCCGAGAAAAGUGUACUUAAAGUUGACCUUCAAGUCUAUGAAAAGAAACUCAAGAGAAAGGAUGAGAAAAUCGCCAGUCUCGAGAAAGCUCUUAACAAACUUAAAGAAGGGAAUGUAGCUCUCAAGAAGAUCCUCAGAGGUCUCAAAUCUCUGAAGAUGAAAGCCAAUGACGAGAACAGAAUUUUAGAAGGAAACAAUGUAACCGGGAUUCCAUCAUCCGGAAGAGUCGUGAAGCCAUUAAGAGGAGGAAGGAAAGACAAGCCUGCACGGAUCAUGUCAAGUAUCCAAUCCUAACCCAAACUCCAGCCUUACUCAAUCUCUCC